UUUAAAGAGAAAGAUGUUAAAGAAUCCCAGAUUCGCAGAAGAUUAUAUAUUAUUUAUGGAAGACUUGUUUAAAAAAGAUUACGCUGAGAAAGUACCAGAAGAUGAGUUAGAAAGGACAGAUAAUAGAAGAUGGUAUGUACCACAUCACGGUGUAUAUCACCCGAAAAAACCUGAUAAGCUUAGAAGCGUGUUUGAUUGUGCAGCCAUUUAUGAAGGUGUCACACUAAACGGAUUGCUUCUUCCUGGACCUAACCUAACCAAUAACCUGAUUGGUGUUCUUUUAAGAUUCCGACAAGAUAAGAUAGCGAUUUUAGGAGAUAUAGAGGCUAUGUUCUACCAAGUUAGGGUACCAUCAAAUGAUGCAGACCCUUCGGUUUUUGUGGUGGCCUAAUAGCAAUUAUUCAUUAGAGUCUGCAACUUAUCGCAUGAAAGUCCACAUUUUUGGAGCAACAUCCUCACCAAGCUGCUCAAAUGCCGCUCUUCGAUUAACCGCAACCUCGAAUGCAGAAAAAUAUGAACCUGAAACUGUCGAAACCAUACUCCGUAACUUUUAUGUUGACGAUUGUUUGAGAUCUGAAAAGAGUGAAGAAAUAGCAAUUAAACGAAUUACUGAAUUGAAAGCACUCUGUAAAAAAGGCGGUUUUAAUAUAACAAAGUGGAGUAGUAAUAACAGAAAUGUAAUAGAAUCUGUUCCGGUGGAAGAACGUUCAAAGGAAAUUAAAGGAAUUGACAUAGAAAAGGAAGAUUUGCCUGUUGGAAGAUCAUUGGGAGUUACAUGGUACCCCCAAACAGACAGUUUUGGAUUUAAAAUAAAUAUACCAGAAAGUAAAGCUACUCGACGUGGAAUUUUGAGCAGUACGCCUCGUAAAGUAUGGUCACGUGGUCAUUUUUUCCCGGAAACGAAAGAAAACGUGGUGCACUGUAAAACUUAUGAUUUUCUGAUGCUUUUUGUUGAGUCAAAUUUGGGGAGAAAGAAGGGAUACAUGGACCUAUAAUUAUGGUAUGUAAAAGUACAGAUAUAUAAUUAAUGAAGCGCGUAUCGUAAGUUUGUUGUCAUUGCAUAGAAUUUUGAUUAUUGUCUUGAAAAGAUUCACAUAGUCCGCGGUCAGUCUCAACAGUCGUAGCCUCGAUUAUCUUACAUAGCAUGUCUAAAGGCGUUCCCUGUCCAAAUUUUCAUUUUGUAGCCUCGAUUGUCACACAAGCAAAUUUAAUAGUAUUAUUGCAUAAUUCAUUUUAUUUGUACAUGUAUUUCUUUGUCGACUUGGUUAUUUGUAUACAUAUUUAUUAUUGUUGUUAUUGUCUUUUCAGGCAAUCAGUUCAGAUUUGUAGAAUUUCCUCAAUAAAAUGUAGAAAGAAAGAAAGUUUUUUACUUGGGUGAAAGGAGAAAGACUGAAUUGCAUAAGCUAAAUAUAGGCAAGCCAGUUUACCCCUGCAGAAUGAAAGAAAGCCCCUGUAGACCAGCCCUGACAAAGCUGUAACCUACACUAUCGAAGUAUUCAUAAAUUAUACUAACAGCAGUUGAAUGAUGAUGAUGAGUUAGUUGUAUUUUACGUCCGCUUCCACCGAGGUGAUAUCGCAGACAAUGCAGUUGAAUACAUUGAAAACAUUUAUAUAGCACGAGCAUGACUUGAAAGCGGUAUUGCAAUACAAAUCAAUUAACAUCCUAGUUACGACACACUCGCUGGUCGAUACAAAACACGUUACUGAAACACCCGAGCACUAACAAAGAUGGUUACACUUGCGGAUUUGAUGAUGUUAUUUACAGUCAAAUCAUCAUCUGCCUUCGCAUUAUGGACACUUACUUCAUUCCUGUGUCACUGGACAGCAAAAAGAUAUCUGGCAACACUUUGGGAGGGUGACGAAUUAAUAUAUGCAUCCAUAAUAACCACCGUACAAUGUUUUACAUGUUUCGUUUUUGUGGAUAUAAUACCUAAAACUGACGUGAAGAGUUCCAUUGUAAAGAUUGUUGCCCACAUUCUGGCAACAUUUUGCACCAAUUAUAGUAUGGCUUAUAUGAAUGCUGCUUCAACAUUUACUAUUAAAUUAUUAGAACCAAUCACAUCCGCUGUUGCUCAAAGUCUAUUCCAGGAAACAUUGAUACCGCUGUCGUCACUAAUUAGCCUACCACUUAUUAUCUACGGAGCCUUGUUGUUUACCGGGAGUUCAUUGGGUGACAUUGUAAUAUCUCCGGGAAUCUUGCUAGCUUUCAUGUCAAAUACAAUUUUAGCAGCAAGAAACAUAGCCAUUUUAACAGAGCACAAAACGAAUUCUGAGAGUCGUUUGAGGAACUGGAAAGGGGGUUUUCUGUACGUGGCCAGUGUCUUAAUUGCAUUAGACAUAACCGAAAGAACUGGAGUUCUUUCUAAAUCUGAAGUACAACUAGUGCUUCUGGUAGUUGGAUCAGGAAUAUUCCAUGUCGGGUAUUCAUAUAUCAGUACACAUGUUAUAUUAAAGACUAUGACAGUGUUUAAUCAUUCUGUUUUAAAUAUCUGUAAACGAUUGUUUGUUGUGAUUCUGUUGUAUGUUGGAGGAGGACGACGAGCUUCUGGUCGAAACUGGCUGGGUUUACUUGUUUGUUCUGUGGGACUGGUCGUCCAUGUUCUUGACAAAUCUACCAAGCGUGAUCACAGAAUGGAACAGGUAUCGAGUAAAAGAAACGGCUUGGUCAAAACGAUCGCAUACUGCAUGAUACCCUUGCUGCUGUUUGGCUCCAUAACGAUUACGUCCAUUUUAAAUCUAAAUCGAUCAGUGUUCGUAUUCAAUUACACGCUCCACAAUCCAACCCAUUUAGAAAUGAAGGCCUACGAUAAACGUUCGCCCUUAUUGAAAACAAGCGAUGAAAUAAUACAGGAGGCACAAAGAAUACAUUAUGACCUGUUUACGGAAUUGUUGAAACCUUAUAAAAAUGUAAUGCUUUUCGAUAUUGCGUUGCAUGAAAAUAAGGGCGACCCGGCUAUUACCAUUGGUGAAAUGAUAUUAUUACAAAGAUUGAACAAAACAUUAGUUUAUUACUGUGAUUUUUAUCGGUGCAAAAACAACAAGCUCAAAGAUGCAUUGUCGAUUAUUAAGGAUUAUAGUCCUCAAAACCUCGCUAUUCUUUUGCAUGGCGGGGGAAAUCUCGUUGGGUGGAUUGCUAAUGACAAAUUAAGAGAGAAAAUACUUAAUGCGUUUCGGGGAUUUCAGUUCGUUCUGUUUCCCCAGAGUAUCUUUAUGUCUGGUGGAGAAAAUCAACUCAAACAUUGUGAAAAUUUGUAUCGAAGAGAAACCAAUUUAACCAUGAUUCUUAGAGACAGAAACACUGCACGACUUGCUCGAAAACAUUUUGCUGGACAACCGAAACUUAUCAUGGCACCAGAUAUGGCUUUUGAGAUUGGUCCAGUUCGACGAUUUAUAAAACCAUUCUAUGACAUUUUAUGGAUUCGUAGGACAGACCAGGAACAGAUUGAUGACCAAAUACCAUCCCUACCAGCUGAUCUACAGAUUCGCAUUGAAGACUGGCUAAGCUGGUCAACAGCGCGGAGUAACAUCAACAUGGAAAACGCUUAUCUUAUAGCCAAUCAUGGACUUCUAUUCUUACAGAGGGGUCGGGUGGUUAUUACCGAUCGUCUUCAUGGUCACAUCUUAAGUAUUUUAUUGGAUAUUCCCCACGUGAUCCUCAAUAACAAGUGGAAUAAAGUCAGUAAUUAUCAUAAUACAUGGACUAAAAGUCUCAGAAAUACGCGAGUUGCUGAUAACGGGUUUCAUGCUAUAGAACUAGCCAAACAACUUCUGGUAGAAUAUUCUGAUGUUUUACCUGAAAAAGUUCCGUUCAUGACAGUUGAGGAUCAUAUCCAUUCAGAUUAAGUGGGGGACAGGCGAGCGUAUUUUUUCGCCCGAUCGCGGCGAUUUUUAAAAUCGCUCAAAAAAUACGCCCGUGUGCCCCUUCCCUUUACGGCAACGACGAUUCUGCUCGGCAAACCAUUCGCCCGAUUAAUCGCUCGUAUCUAGCAUGAUGGAUAUUUUCGGGCGAAUAUUUUUCGCCGGUGAUCAAAUUCGCUCGUGUGCCCAUGUCCAGCAUAUAUUGUCGGGCGAUCCAUUUUUAUAAGCCAAUCGUCGACAACGUUGAUAUCGCAUGAUCUCAAAAUGGCUGCCUCCACUGCUAAAUCGUAGGCCUAUUACUAUUAUAUUAUCAAUCUAUCAAGUCCACAGGAUAUAUGUCGUAUUGGUAAAUGUUAGCGGGGAGAAUUUCGGCAGGCUUUGUGACGCGACCUGCCGGCUGGAGUCCAGCCAUGAAACUAUUCAAUUGUUUUUUUUUCAGACAACUAGUAUCAUUAUG